AUGGAAAGAGGUUGGCUCCAUGGGGAGGGAUUCCUCUUCUGCCUCAUUCUCCACCUGCUGCUUCAAGGAAGAGCCGACAUUUUUACCAUCAAUUGCUCAGGGUUUGACCAGCAUGGGGUGGAUCCUGCUGCCUUCCAAGCAGUGUUUGACAGAAAGGCCUUUCGUCCAGUCAUCAACUACAGCAUUCCCACUCAAGUCAACAUCUCCUUCACCCUGUCUGCCAUCCUGGAAGUGGAUGCACAGCUUCAACUGAUGACAUCAUUCCUGUGGCUAAAUCUGAUCUGGUACAAUCCAUUCAUCAGGUGGAACCCUGAGGAAUGUGGGGGCAUCAGCAAGCUCAGCAUAGCAACUGAGAACCUGUGGCUUCCAGAUAUCUUCAUCAAUGAGUUCAUGGAUGUGGAUCAAACACCUACAGGGCUCAUGGCUUAUGUCAACAGUGAAGGGCACAUCAGAUAUGAUAAACCAAUGAAGGUGACCAGCAUCUGUAACCUGGACAUCUUCUAUUUCCCCUUUGAUGAACAAAACUGCACGCUCAGCUUCACCUCUUUCUUGUACACAGUGGAGAACAUGGUCCUGGGCUUGGAGAAGGAAGUGCAGGAGAUUUCUAACAUAUCACAGAACCUCAUUCAGAACAAGGGGGAGUGGAUACUUCUGGAUAUCCGCCAGACCACGUUGAAGAUGGCCGUGGACGACAGCCAGUACGACCAAAUCACUUUCUAUGUGGCCAUCAGGCGCAGGCCCUUCCUCUAUGUCAUAAACCUUCUGGUGCCCAGUGGUUUUCUGAUGGUCAUUGAUGCCCUCAGCUUCUUCCUGCCUGCAGAAAGCGAGACACGUGCCCCAUUCAAGAUGACCCUUCUGCUGGGCUACAAUGUCUUCCUGCUCAUGAUGAAUGACUUACUCCCGGACACUGGCACCCCCCUCAUCAGUGUCUACUUUGCCCUGUGUCUCUCCCUGAUGGUGCUCAGCCUGCUGGAGACCGUCUUCAUCACCUACCUGCUGCACCUGGUCACCACCCAGCCCCCACCUAUGCCCCGGUGGCUCUAUUCUCUGCUUCUGCACUGCACCAGCCCAAGGGAACGCUGUCUCACUGCACCCCAGAAGGGAAACAAGGGCCUGCGUCUCACCCCCAACCAACUGCCUGGUAACAAAGAGCCCAUGGAGUUGGUGUGGAAGGUGCCAGGUCCCCAAGAGGCAGAGCUAAAUGGGUGCCCUGAGUCAACAAGGGGCCAACAGGAAGAUGAGGCUCAGAAGCAGCACUUGGUCAGCCUGUGGGUGCAGUUUAGCUACAUGAUGGACACCCUGCUGUUCCGCCUCUACCUGCUCUUCAUGGCCACCUCCAUCACCACCAUCAUUGUCCUCUGGAGCACCUAGGCAGAUGCCUAUCUGCAAGCUCCAGCCUGGAGCUUCUCUUGCCUCUGGAAACCAGCGAGGCUCUCAGGCCCAUCCAUACUCCAGCCUCACCUUAUUUUUAAUGUAGUCCUUCUGUGCAGUCAGGCCAGGCCUGGAUGGUUUCCCAUACCCUCCCAGAGUUAGGUCCUUGCUCCUGCAUGCCAUCAACCCCCUCAGCCUUCCCAUAAGUCUUGCCUGCCUGACUCCUCAGGAAUACUUCAUUGAUUGAAUCAC